AUGUCUGCUGUUGUUCAGGAACAAACCGACUAUCUCAUCAAGCCCGAGAAUGUUGGCCCCUCGGCCGACACCUCUGAGUGGCCCCUUUUGCUCAAGAACUACGACAAGCUGCUUGUGCGGUCCGGUCACUACACCCCCAUCCCCACCGGAUGUUCUCCUCUGAAGCGAGACCUCAAGUCGUACAUUGCUUCCGGUGUCAUCAACCUCGACAAGCCCUCCAACCCCUCUUCCCAUGAGGUUGUUGCCUGGAUCAAGCGAAUCCUGCGAUGCGAGAAGACCGGUCACUCUGGUACUCUGGAUCCCAAGGUUACUGGAUGUCUGAUUGUGUGCAUCGACCGAGCCACCCGUCUGGUCAAGUCCCAGCAGGGAGCCGGAAAGGAGUACGUGUGUAUCGUGCGACUCCACGAUGCUCUGGAGGACGAGAAGGAGAUGGCCCGUGGCCUCGAGAACCUCACUGGAGCCCUGUUCCAGCGACCUCCUCUCAUUUCCGCCGUCAAGCGACAGCUGCGAGUCCGAACCAUCUACGACUCCAAGCUGCUUGAGUUUGACAACGACCGACACCUCGGUGUCUUCUGGGCCUCCUGUGAGGCCGGUACCUACAUGCGAACCCUGUGUGUGCAUCUGGGUAUGCUGCUCGGUGUUGGAGGCCACAUGCAGGAGCUGCGACGAGUGCGAUCCGGUGCUCUCGACGAGUCCGACGGAAUGGUCACCUUGCACGACAUUCUCGAUGCCCAGUGGCUCUACGACAACACCAAGGACGAGUCGUACCUGCGACGAUGCAUCCGACCCCUUGAGUCUCUGCUGCUCGGCUACAAGCGAAUUGUAGUCAAGGACUCCGCCGUCAACUCCAUCUGUUACGGCGCCAAGCUCAUGCUUCCCGGUGUUCUCCGAUACGAGGAGGGCAUUGAGCUGGAGGACGAGAUUGUGCUCAUCACCACCAAGGGUGAGGCCAUUGCUCUUGGUAUUGCCCAGAUGACCACCGUCGACCUUGCUUCCUGCGACCACGGUGUCGUGUCUCGAAUCAAGCGAUGCAUCAUGGAGCGAGACACCUACCCCCGACGAUGGGGAUUGGGACCCGUUGCUACCGAGAAGAAGAAGCUCAAGGCCGACGGUAAGCUCGACAAGUACGGUCGACCCAACGAGAGCACUCCUGCCGAUUGGAAGAAGAGCUACGUGGACCACACUGAGGACGAGCCCGUCACCAAGCCCGUUGUCGCUUCUGUGACCGAGACCAUUGCUGUCGAGGCCCCCAAGAAGGAGGUCGAGGCUGAUGUCUCCAUGGCCGCCGACUCUGACGAUGAGGAGGAGGACAAGAAGGAGAAGAAGAAGGAAAAGAAGGACAAGAAGGACAAGAAGGAAAAGAAGGAAAAGAAGGAGAAGAAGGAGAAGAAGCGAAAGGCCGAGGACUCCGACGACGAGGGCGAGAAGAAGAAGAAGAAGAAGAAGAGCAAGGAUUAG